AUCAGCUUUCACUCAACCGGCAUGGAACCGAAUAUCUAAAGCAAAUCAGACUGGAUUCAAAUUAUUUCACAUCAGAUCUAUCUUCUUAUCUUAAGACUCCUAUGCAACUGUAUUCUCUGUGCAUUUAACUUCAAAGGGAGAGGUUUUGAAUCCGAGCAGCGAUGGUGCAGAAGUAUCAGUCCCCUGUGAGGGUUUACAAAUACCCCUUUGAGCUCAUAAUGUUGGCCUAUGAGAGAAGAUUCCCAAACUGUCCGCUGAUUCCCAUGUUUGUGAACAGUGAAACCCUCAGUGAGUGUCAGAGUGAGGAUGGGGCGACUUAUGUGGUUGAGCGCAGAUGUACCGUGGAUGUGGAUGCCCCUCGACUUCUAAAGAGGAUCGCAGGAGUGGACUUCCUUUAUUUCAUUCAAAAGAACUCUCUGGACCGCAGACAGAGAACUCUACACAUAGAGGCCUAUAAUGAGUCCUUCUCCAGUAGAGUCUUCGUCCAAGAACACUGUUGCUACACGGUUCACCCAGAGAAUGAAAACUGGACAUGUUUUGAACAGUCUGCUGACAUGGACAUCAAAUCUUUUUUUGGGUUUGAGAGCGCAGCAGAGAAGAUCGCCAUGAAGCAAUACGCUGCCAGUAUUAAAAAGGGGAAGGAGAUUAUUGAAUACUACCUCAAACAGCUGGAGGAGGAAGGUAUAACCCACGUUCCCUGCUGGACGCCUCCUCCUGCCCCUACCACAUCUUACCAACUGCAUGUCAGCUCAGCCAGAGAUAUCCCAUCAUGCAGCAGCAGAGCACACCCCGGCUCCACAGACGUCCUGCAUGGCUCUCCAGAUGACAAGUUAGAUGCCGACUACAUUUCACGCUAUCUGGGAAAGCUGACGCCUUUCCAAGAGAGCUGCCUUAUUCGCCUACGACAGUGGCUGCAGGAAACACACAAAGGCAAGAUCCCUAAAGACCAGCAUGUGCUGCGUUUCCUGCGCUCACGGGACUUUAAUCUGGAUAAGGCCAAAGAGGCUCUGUGCCACACGCUCACAUGGAGGAAACAGCAUCAGAUGGACUUUCUGUUGGACACUUGGCUCUAUCCACAACUGCUGCAGGACUACUACACUGGAGGCUGGCACCACCAUGACAAAGAUGGUCGUCCUCUCUAUAUUCUUCGACUUGGACAAAUGGACACCAAAGGUUUAGUGCGAGCACUGGGAGAAGAGACCCUACUGAGACAUGUGCUGUCCAUCAAUGAAGAAGGUCUCAGACUCUGUGAAGAAAACACCAAAAUAUUUGAAAAACCAAUCAGUUGUUGGACAUGUCUGGUUGAUCUGGAGGGGCUGAAUAUGAGGCACCUGUGGAGGCCAGGAAUCAAAGCUCUACUGAGGAUCAUUGAACUUGUAGAAGCCAACUAUCCCGAGACACUGGGCCGUCUGCUCAUACUAAGAGCCCCUAGAGUGUUUCCUGUGCUGUGGACUUUGGUGAGUCCAUUUAUUGAUGAAAACACACGAAAGAAGUUCCUCAUUUAUGCUGGCAAUGACUACCAGGGCCCAGGAGGUCUGGUGGACUACAUCAACAAAGACUUCAUACCUGAUUUCUUAGGAGGAGACUGUCUGUGUGAUGUUCCUGAGGGUGGUCUUGUUCCCAAGUCUCUGUACCGUACAGCUGAAGAACUGGAAAGCGAAGAGGUUAAACUGUGGACCGAAACCAUCUACAAAAGUGCGAGUGUGUUUAAGGGAGCUCCACAUGAGGUGCUGAUAGAGAUUACUGAUGCAUCGUCAGUCAUUACAUGGGACUUUGAUAUAUGUAAAGGCGACAUGAUCUUCAAUAUCUAUCACUCCAGAAGAGCCCCUCAUCCAGCAAAAAGAGACGCACUAAGCGCACACAACCUCGCCUGCCCUGGCAGCAAUAAUGUCCAGCUCAUUGACAGAUCAUGGAUGCUUGGACAAGACUAUAGCAUGGUGGAGACAGCGCUUACCUGCAGAGAAGGAGAGAGUGUACAGGGUUCUCAUGUGACACGCUGGCCUGGAUUCUACAUCCUGCAGUGGCGUUUUUACAGCACUCCAUCAUGUUCAUCAUCCAGCCGGCCACGUGUGGAUGAUGUUCUGGCAUCACUGCAGGUGUCCUCACACAAAUGCAAGCUCAUGUAUUUCACUGAAGUGCUGCAGUCCACUGACUUCAGGGGCUCCAUGAGCAGUCUAGAGUCGAGUCACAGUGGCUUCUCUCUGCUCAGUGCUGCCACCACCUCAUCCAGCCAAUCACAGACAAGUUCAACUAUUUCAAGAUAGCAUCUUAAUUUAGCAGGAAAGCAAGAAACUUUUGUUUGCAAGUUUUGCAAAAUGUCCUCUUCAGUGCUAAUAUAUGAACAUGAUGGACUGAAUCAUGGAAUAGAAUGUUACGUUAAUUGGUCAUUGUCCAAUACCAGGUAAGGUCUAUUGAAAGCAUUUGUGGAAUUAAUAUUGAUUUCCACAAAAACAAAAAUGACUCUAAACUCAGUUUUUUUUUUCUUUUAUUUCUUUUUUUUAUAUAUUUUCUUUUUUUUCACAAAAGCAUUACUAAUAGUUACAGUAACAAGACUUAAACAUUAUAUGCGUUGGCAUAUAUAAUAUAUAUAGUGUGAUAGAUUUGUUCUCUGACCUGUGCAAAGUUAUACCCAGUCUUUCAACUUCAAUAUCAUGACCACGUAGCACUGCUAAACAAGGUGAAUAUCGCAUUAUACCUACAUUCAAGAAAGCGACCGUUUGCAUGGAGAAAUCUCCACUCUGCUUGUGUACAAAAGAAGUACAUUAUCAGAAAUUUGUCUGCUUGAGGGGGCCUGGGUAGCUCAUUGGUAAAGACGCUGGCGACCACCCCUGGAGUUCGCUAGUUUGAAUCCCAGGGCAUGCUGAAUGACUCCAGCCAGGUCUCCGAAGCAACCAAAUUUGGCUGGUUGCUAGUGAGGGUAGAUUCACAUGGGGUAACCUCCUCGUGGUUGCUAUAAUGUGGUUCGUUCUCGGUGGGGCAUGUGGUGAGUUGUGUUGAAUGCCGUGGUGGAUGGCUUGAAGCCUCCACACGUGCUAUGUCUCCGUGGCAACACACUCAACAAGCCAUGUUUUAAGAUGAUUGGGUUGACAGUCUCAGAUGCGGAGGCAGCUGGGAUUCAUCCUCCGCCACCCGGAGGCGAAUCACUAUGCGACCACGAGGACUUAAAAGCACAUUGAGAAUUGGGCAUGCCAAAUUGUGAGAAAAAGCAAUGUGUCUGCUGGUACAAGGAAUUUUCACCUUUUUUUUAAGUGUUUUUACAAAAAUUCAAGCUUUUCAUUUCUGCUUUUAAAACUUCUGGCCCAAUUUACUUCAAUUUUAAUAUAAUUACAGUAAGCACAAGAAAGAAUAAAUAAAAUAUUUUUUUUUAAAUAAAAACCUAUGGAACAAUAUUGACACAAAUGCUGUUAAUUGAAAUGAACUGAAGAUACUGUAUUGAUCCCGGAAGAUCCAUCAAACAUUGCACAAAACAUUACAUUAAAAAUGCAAAUUGUUUGUGUAAGUUAUGAUUAUUUUCAGAAUGUUCACCUGUGCCAAAAAGGAAUGAAAGCACAAAUUUGCUAAAAGUUUCCUGUACAUUGUUACAACAAAAAUAUCUAUAAAUAUUAUUUACCUUUCUUGGUUGUCUAAUUCAGUGUUUCUCAACUUUUUAUUACGUUAAAUUCCCCAACAGCGCCAUUAGUAAGGAUCAAAUUCCCCUUCAAAAACAAAGAUGUGGAACAAAGACAAAUACCAUUUAUUGUUGUCAAUUAUAUUGGUAAUUAGUGAUUAAUAAGAAUUUGCUUUUUCCUUAGUCUUUCGGGGUGUCAAACGUGGUUCCUGGAGGGCCACAGUCCAGCAGAGUUUAGUUCCAACCCUAAUUAAACACACCUUAAGUAGAUAAUCAAGGUCUCCAGGAGUGCUUGAAGAUUACAAGGAGGCAUUUUGGAGCAGGGCUGGAACUAAACUCUGCAGGGAGGCAGCCCUCCAGGAACUGAGUUUGACACCCCUGCAUGAACUGGGCCAAACUGACCCAUAACACCCUCUUUGUUUCUUGUUUUAUAACUUUGUUCAUAAAUCGUUUCGUUUUAAAUGAGCUUGUUUUGAAUUACAUGAUGUCAUAAAGUUUCAAGCUGAAAUGUUGAUGUUGUUAUGGGCUGGCCUGUUUUAAGAAAGACAGUGACCCUGUUUCUUUUCGUAGUUCACUUCGACACUGUGGAUGGGUCACAAGGUCUGAAGUCCUAUGAAGUCAUGCCAAUUUAUUGGCUGAUGGUCCUUAAGCAGUGCUAAUAAAGAGCUGCAUCAUGGGCACCUGGUUUUAAUUCAGAAAUUGUCAAUUGUCAAUCAUUUAUUGAGAUUUUUCAACUGCAAUUCUAACGACACCAGAACUUUACAGCUGAGCUCUGUCACUCGAGUUCAUCCAUCAGUUGUGGCCAAUUGUUGCCACUGUAGCAAGCUCUCAAACAAAUGUUCUUCUCAAUACACAGUGAAAAAGAAUAGUUACGUUCUGUGAUGCCUUCAAUGCACACCAAAACAAGCUGAUUUUCAGCAAACAAUAUUGUAGAUCCAACUGAAGAAAACAUGUUGCAGUAAGUUCUUGUGAUAAUGAUAACACAGGCUUUGGUAAUGGUCAGUUUCAUUGUGAUUCUGUAUCUAAUGUAUCUCGAUUACUAUUCUGUAUCUACUCUACUGAAUUCAGUUCUUAUGUAUUUAAGUAGUUUUUAAGUAAAUUAAUAUUCUGUAAUCAUUCAGACUCACUCUCGUUGUUCCAAACCUGUGACUUUCCUGUGCUAUUUUCAUUGUCAUGUGGAGGGCGAGCCCCCAUUCAGAGGACGAAAUUGAGCCAUUUAAACACUCCUGUCGCUCCAUUAUCUGCCCAGCAGAUAUCAUCUAUUUCAGUGCAUUUCAUUUUGGUCUUGAGGAGAUAAUUUAUUUAUAGUUCUGAAAGGGGUAAAGAAAGAGCACAUAUCACUGUGCAUAUAAUGGUAAUGUGAAGGCCACUUCUCCCUUAUGACUUGACCAAGUCAUAAGAGGGCUUUCCUUCAAUAAACAGCUUCCUGGUGUCCAUGUUCCAAACAAACCAAUUCACUAAACUGAUUUAGACUUCCCAAAUGCUGCAUAUGAGAGAGAGAGAGAGAGAGGAUAGUUUAAGAGAGCACUGGUGAUUGUUGACUUAGCUCCCUCGGCUGUUAAGCUGUGUGCUAAACUUCAUUAAUUUAAUUUAAUGUUAUUUACACACACAUCACAGGAAAAUGAAAUGCUGUUGAGAAAGAGCACAUAUCACUCUGCAUAUAAUGGUAAUGUGAAGGCCACUUCUCUCUUAUGACUUGACAAAGUUAUAAGAGAGCUUUCCCUCAAUAAACAGCUUCCGGGUGUCCAUGUUCAUGGCAAUGUACAUGGCAAUUUUGCCACAACUUGUGGCAAAUUGACCAUUGUAGCCAAAGGAUUCAGGUUCCAGUACAUCUUUAAAAAUGUUGGUUCCUCCUAUAGGCUUAAACUUUUUGAAAAUCUUUUAACAUGGCAUGGUUUUGUUGAAUGAUGUUCAUUCCUUUAGCUUCCCCUGAAACGGUAGUUAUCAAUGGGAAGACUCCUUAAGAUUCUGGCACCAUGCGACAUAGCUUUCGGAAUUUCAUGAAAAUG